CCUGUGUGUGUGUGUGUGUGUGUGUGUGUGUGUGUGCGCGCGCGUGUGCCUGUGCGAGCGUGUGUGCGCGCCAGUGCCUGUGUGUGUGCGUGUGUGUGCGUGUGUGUGUGUGUGUGUGUGUGUGAAUACCAGAUUUCCUUCCAUCCAAAGCCUCCCUGUCCUCUCCCAUAUCACUCACUGCCUGGCAUCUGACAGCACGGAACCUGCAGCGCUCCGCGCACACACACGCACGCACGCACACACACACCACGCACACCCGGGCACCGCUCCGCCAUACAGCUCUGCGAGGAGGAGGAGGAGAGGAGAGGAAAGGGAGGAAGCAGCCAGCCCCACAGUCUUUCCAGAGCUGCCUUUUUAAUAUAUACAUAUCUAUUUUGUUAUUUAUUUAUUACCAUUCUCUGGCACUGUGGGCGCCUUUCAUUUGCUCCUGAGCUUGGAUGUUUGAAUCAAAGCAAAGCAAGUGUUGCAACAGUUAAAAAAAAAAAAAAAAAAGCCAACCAAAAAAAAAAAAAAAGAGAGAGAGAGAGAAAGAAAGAAACCUAGAUCUCUAAAAUAAAAUAAAAACCAAACAGGUUCCUAUCAGUGAAGUGGAAAGGAGGGGGGCAGGGGAGGCUUGAGGGGGGUGUUGGGGAAAGCAGCUGAGAGGCAGAGAAACACGACUCAGGAGCGUCUCAGGGCUCUCGGAUCUGGGGACAGAAGUGAGAUUGGAGAAAGUAGAGCGAUGCCAAGGAGGAAACAGCAAGCACCCAAACGGGCUGCAGGUUAUGUCCAAGAGGAAGAUUUAAAGGAAGAGGAAGAUAUAAAGGAGGAGGAAGAGGAUGAUGAUGACAACAACUCAACUGCGCAGCUCCAGGGCAGCAAUGACACUGGCACGGAUGAGGAACACGAAGUGGGCCCUGAGCAGAAAGGGAAUUUUAGUUACCAGAAUUCCCCUGUCAGUCAUAUAUCUAACCAGGAUGCAGAAAAUGAAUCACUACUAAGUGACGGUAGUGACCAUGUGGCAGAUAUUAAAAGCAUUUGCUCUAGAGAGCCACAGGACCCAAAAACCAGCACCCACCCCAAAGCCCAGAAUGAAGCACACGAUUGCAUGGAUAAAAUGACAGCAGUCUAUGCCAACAUACUGUCAGACUCUUACUGGACAGGCUUAGGGCUGGGUUUCAAGUUGUCUAACUCUGAAAAGAGGAGUUGUGACAACAGAAAUGGAGGGAACAAAGCUGAUUUUGAUUGGCACCAAGAUGCACUGUCAAAAAGCUUACAGCAGAAUUUACCUUCCAGACCUGUCUCGAAACCCAACCUGUUCAGCUCGGUCCAACUCUACAGGCAGAGCAGCAAAAUGUGUGGAACUGUGUUCACGGGCGCCAGCCGGUUUCGGUGCCGGCAGUGCAGCGCUGCCUAUGACACACUGGUAGAACUAACGGUUCAUAUGAAUGAGACAGGUCACUACCAAGAUGACAACCAUAAAAAGGACAAGCACAGACCUACCAGCUACUCAAAGCCCCGAAAAAGGGCUUUCCAGGACAUGGACAAGGAAGAUGCACAAAAAGUUCUGAAAUGUAUGUUCUGUGGUGACUCUUUUGAUUCUCUUCAAGAUCUGAGCGUUCAUAUGAUAAAAACAAAACAUUACCAAAAAGUGCCUUUGAAGGAGCCGGUACCAACCAUUUCUUCAAAAAUGGUCACUCCAGCAAAGAAACGUGUGUUUGAUGUUAACAGGCCUUGUUCCCCCGAUUCCACGACAGGGUCUUUCUCAGAUACUUUUUCUCCUCAGAAGAACGCGAACCUGCAGUUAUCGUCUAACAACCGCUAUGGCUACCAGAAUGGCGCCAGCUAUACGUGGCAGUUUGAGGCCUGCAAAUCCCAGAUUUUGAAGUGUAUGGAAUGUGGAAGUUCCCAUGAUACCUUGCAGCAGCUCACGACCCACAUGAUGGUCACUGGCCAUUUCUUGAAAGUCACAAGUUCAGCUUCAAAGAAAGGAAAGCAACUUGUUCUGGAUCCUUUAGCUGUGGAAAAAAUGCAAUCACUGUCUGAAGCACCAGCCAGUGACAGCCCAGUUUCAAAGUCAACCAGUAAAUCAUCUGCAGAAUGCAUAGCUCCCACCUCUGAACUAAAAAAAGAAAGUAAAAAAGAUAAAGUGGAUGAUGCAAACAAAGAUGAGAAAGUAAAAACUGAAGAGUAUGAGGACACUCUUCAGAAACCACUGGAUCCCACAAUGAAAUACCAGUACCUCAGAGAAGAAGAUUUAGAAGAUGGUUCAAAGGGUGGUGGGGACAUUUUAAAGUCCUUGGAGAACACUGUCACAACAGCCAUCAAUAAAGCUCAAAAUGGAGCUCCCAGCUGGAGUGCAUAUCCCAGCAUCCAUGCAGCUUACCAGCUCUCAGAAGGAGCUAAGCCGUCUCUGCCUGCGGGUUCCCAAGUACUGCAGAUCAGGCCAACAAUCACCAAUAAACUGAGGCCCAUAGCUCCAAAGUGGAAGGUCAUGCCUCUGGUCCCUAUCUCAGCAAACGUGGCCCAGUGCACUCAAGUAAAGAAGGAAACCGAUGACAGGGAGGAGGUACAGAAGGACUAUGCUAAAGAGGGCAUCCAAGCCGAGCCUGCCUCACUCAGCCAGAGCGAGAGAGAACCUCUCCUCAAAUCCGAAGCCUCUGCGGAGCCAAAAAAGACAGAGCCAUGUCCCUUGAAAGAAGAAAACAAAAUUAAAGAGGACAGUGGAAAAGAAAAGCCAGUCCUUAAGGAACCAACAGCAGCUUCUCUUAGCAAUGGUUGUGCUGCUGCCAACCAUUCGUCUGAACUGCCUUGUGUCAACCCCCUCAGUGCGCUGCAGUCGGUACUGAAUAACCACUUGGGCAAAGCCACUGAGCCUUUACAGCCUCAAUCCAACUCCAGCCCCAGCUCUAGCACAAUUUCUAUGUUCCACAAACCUAACUUAAAUAUGAUGGAGAAGCCAGUUUUAUCUCCUGCUCCAACCCCACAAAAGCCUGCAAGUGUAUCCAGGCACUAUUUGUUUGAAAACAAUGAUCAGCCUAUUGACCUGACCAAAUCCAAAGGCAAGAAAGCUGAGUCAGCUCAAGCACAAUCUUGUACUUCUCCACCUCAAAAACAUGCUCUAUCUGACAUCGCUGACAUGGUCAAAGUUCUUCCCAAAGCUACUACACCAAAACCUGCUGCAUCUUCAAGGAUCCCAUCUAUGAAACUGGAAAUAGAUGUCCGACGCUUUGAGGAUGUCUCAACAGAAGUCUCCACUCUGCAUAAAAGGAAGGGCAGACAGUCAAACUGGAACCCUCAGCAUCUUCUCAUUUUGCAAGCUCAGUUUGCUUCCAGCCUCUUCCAGACAUCUGAAGGUAAAUAUUUAUUAUCAGAUCUAGGCCCACAAGAGCGCAUGCAGAUUUCGAAAUUCACUGGACUGUCAAUGACCACCAUCAGCCACUGGCUGGCAAAUGUCAAGUAUCAACUUAGGAAAACCGGAGGAACAAAGUUUUUGAAAAACAUGGACAAAGGACAUCCAGUCUUUUAUUGCAGCGACUGUGCAUCUCAGUUUCGAACCCCAUCUACUUACAUUAGCCACUUAGAAUCUCAUCUAGGUUUCCAAAUGAAAGACAUGAACAGGCUGGCUGUGGAGCAGCAAACCAAGGUAGAGCAAGAAAUCUCCAGAGUUUCAGUUCAAAGAUCUCCUGAAACAAUAGCUGGAGAAGAGGACACAGACUCUAAGUUCAAAUGUAAGUUGUGCUGUCGGACAUUUGCAAGCAAACAUGCAGUAAAACUUCAUCUAAGCAAAACACACAGCAAGUCACCAGAACAUCAUUCACAAUUUGUAGCAGAAGUGGAUGAAGAAUAACUCUUAAGGACGAAUGCCUUAGUUCCAGCUCUCCAGCCCAGGCUUCCUGCACCCAGCGCAACCCUGCACGUCACUCCGAUCCUGACAUUGAACUCACAACAACCCAGACCGAGAAGACUGCCAAAAAAUCUCCCGCUAUUCUUCUUCAUCCUCACUAACAAUUUGGUAAUGAAGUAUUGAUUUCCACUCCCCUGCUUAUGGACGAUAUUAGAUUUUCAUUGAUAAACUGCACUGGGGCUGUCUGGUCUCCACUGUCCCUUUUUGCUGUCACUAAAACAAAGUGCCACUGAAGUAAGAUAAUGACUGAGAACAUUGAUGUACUUAUUUCGUCAAUUUGUAACACUUGACAGGAAAAAAAAAUUCUUCAUAGUUUAAUGUCCAAGUGUGCUACACAAGAUGCAGUCACAUUGGAAGCUUUACUUUUCAUGGUAAUGUCCAUUUCCUAUUUAUAACCCCUUUGGGAUAGUUUGUCUAAAGGAAAUGUUUCUAUUCUGUGCAGCUAUUACUGUUGCACCUGGGUUGCCCAAUCCAGUCAUUGCACUAGGGAUCAAUACAUCACAGUAAGUACAAGAAUUAUUAAGUUAAAACAGAUUCUGAGCCAAAAAACCUCUGAACAAUGUUAAUCUUCUGUGCAAGUUGUUCAAAUAGUUAUGCUUAACCAUGUUGCUGCCAAAGAUUUGUUUAAAAUGGAUUAUUUUCAGUUUGUUUUAUUCCUCAGAUAUAUAUAUAUAUUUAAAUCUCCAUUACGGUUUAUGACGAGACAUAUGCGAUGGAGUGAUUUUUAAACAAAAGUACUAUUGUUAGAUUAUUGAACAUUAUAUAAAUAUAGGUAUAUCUAUAUAUAAAUAUCACUAUAUAAAUAUCUAUAUAUAGAUAUAAAAGAAUAAAAGUAGAAUUCCUUUCUCAAUUAGGUGAGCCUAAAUCUAAAGCUCUAUGUUGCAGUCAAUGGAGUUACCUUGGAUUUACCCACCCGAAAUGGGAUCAGAAUCUGGUCUCGGUGCCCUCCGCCCCGCCUGGCUGGUCCUGCCGGCACGGGCAGGCUGGCAAGCACAGCCGGCUUGGAGUCACCAAGACCUGGGGAGACGGGGGCUACUAAGAUGGCCAUUUCAAAUUUGUGCUUGUAACUUUUUUCAUUAAAACUUCGAGGUCCCAAUUUUAAUUUGUGGAAUAUUCACGUUAAUAAUGAGAUCUAAUUAAGACAUCCAUUAAAAGCCCGUUAAAGUUAAUUUAACGUAAAAAUUCCAAUAGAACUGUAUUAGAUUUUCUCCAUUAAAUUAACGUUAUGGAUUUUUAACGGAUGUCUUAAUUAUACAUUAUUAUUAACGGGAAUACUGUAUUACACAGAUUAAAAUCGGGUCCCGAGUCAACUCGCACAAUCUUCCAGGAGGUGCUAAUGUCACGAGUCCCACGUCACCUAGUGCACUGCUUGGAAAAUCCGGCACAGCCCUGUUUACUUGCCGAGCUUUUCCUCGCAGCGAAAGCAACCUCCAGGAGACAAAUCCAUCUCUGCACUUAAUGAGGAACUUCCCUGAUUCUCAAAGGAAAAAUAAGUCUGGAUCAAGUGGUAAACUGCUACUCUGUCGCAAAUGAAAUAUUCCAAGUACGCUGGGCACAAGUUGGGAAGAGGAUCUGUCUCAAGUCAGAAAGGGCUUUGGGGUGUCUUUUGCUCUUGUUUCGGUUUAGAUGUUCAAGGAUACAACUGAAGUGCAGCAUUCACAAAAUCAGACUCGGUAGGUUUUACCGCAUUCCCUGUGGCUUGUGCAGAAGGGCCUGUUUUGGCGUUGUUUGGGAAAUUUUCACAUGAUCCCUAAACUCCACAUGGAGGAGAAAAAAGGGCCCUUCUUAUUUACCUCCUAGGGAAAGUGUUGCCCUUAUGCCACAUAUAAUAGCAAAUUGCUUUUUUUAUGGCAUGCAUAACCUAGAUGGGAAAAAAUAUGGCGCUUGAGGGAAGGAGGGAAAAAGUAAAUGAAGUUCCAGGAAUGUCAUUCUGAAGUAAUGAGGCAUGGACAGAAAAUAUACCCCUCACAUCAUCGGAUUGAGAUGGCAGUCGAAAUAGCUUCAUUGAAGUGUCAGCACUCAUCCAUCAAUCAAUCAUCCACAAGGAAAAAUAGCGACAGUACAACGGGGCGGCUUUUAUGGGAUUUACUCAUGGGCAUAGGGAAUAGCAGCUCAAAUGUAGUUCUGACAUGAAAAGCAAGGUGCUGAUAUUAUUUUUUAUGAUGGGAGGAUCAUAAAGUGAAUUGAGAACAGUGAGGUCUGUCUUUGCUUAACCUAUUCAACUGGAAAUGAACGGAGCUCAACUGGAAACGAGCAGAGCCUUCAGAUGGGUUAAGAUUGAAGCCUGCACCGUGCUGAGCACCAGCCAUUGACAACAAAAUUCUAUUAAAGCAAAAUCAAUGCAUUAGCAUUGAGCUCCUCAGAAGCUGUUAAAUUGCACAGCCCAGUUCAGAGUUAUUAAGCGAAGUCGCACAAGGUGUGUCCUGCAGCACGGAGCCAAAGGCAGCAAGCGCCGUGGUACAAUGCCACUUGGGAGAAACUGCAGCUCCAGCCCCACUCCCUUGCCCAUCCAGCUUUUGGGUGCUCUAGAAAAAAUAUUUGGCUUAUUGCAGAAUCUGACAGGUGAAGUUCCCACUGACUUCAAGCGACCCUGCUCCUUGCUCCCGGUUGCAGCGGGGUGUUUUGCUGUCUGCUUUGGUAGGAACCCUCCGUGCAGUGUGUUUGACCACUUGGCUGUGGCCAAGCCGCAUGGAUCCCAACAUGGGCUGCUGCUGGGAGCAAGGAGCCUUCUUCCAGCAACAAGGUGGCCCUAUGGCCCCGGCCAAGCCCGCAGCAUCCAGGGCUGGGGCUCUUUGGGGCACCAGCUGCUCAAUAUUGGCAGAAAAGAGGCUUUCCUGGUGCCCCGUAGCUGGUGAGCAGCGGGCUUGUGGUGACAACAGGGAACCCCACGGAACAAAUCGGCCACCCCAGCCCCACCUGUGAUGGCACUUGGGACCCCAAAGCUGAAAACCCCCCAAGGUUUUCAGGAGGGCCGGUUGCCCCGCGGGAGGUCUGGCUGGCCCAGCAGCCUGUUUUGCUCAGGAGGCUUCGCUCCAGCACAGGCAAAUGUGGGAACAGCUACUUCAUUUAAAAUCUGGCCACAAACCUUUAUUACACAGUGCUAAACCUUGAUUAUUUUGCCUGCAUUGCUGUCCUCUGGGAACAUUUUAGGUACACAUUUGAAUUAAGUGAUUUUUUUUUUUUUUUACAAUAUGAUAUAAAAAAAGAAAAUGUACAUCUCUCCUCUCUCUUUCUCUGUACGAAACUGGAUGAGUUGAUAGUUUAUCUGUCAUAUAAAUCAGGUAACACAGAAAAUCAUUGCAUCUUUUCUCUGUCGUAUCUACUCAAUAUCUAUCGUUCUGACUUUUAUUCUUAUUGGAGAUCAUCAAAACAUUAAUUAAAAGCCUGGUGAUCAAACAGCCGAAUAUUUAUGAUUCACGUCCUUGCUUAUUAACAAGUGGCAUAUUGAUACACCACAUAUCCAAGCUGUUUAUGCUCUUGCACUGCAAUAAAGCAGUAAGAAUUGUUACCCUUACAUGCUGCUUUGAGAGAUUUAUUCAGAAACCAUAGCUCCCUUCCUGCCACCAUCCAUGUCAAAAUAAGCCAUAUCACCUUAGAAAAAAUGUUCUGUUUUAAAAGAGGGAGAUGUAAUUAACAUCUCUUUGGAGCCUAAUAUAUAGGAAUUUCAUUGGAUCAGUCUCAGGUGCUUUUUCCAGACUCUUAUUAUUUAGGCUGAGAGGGAGAAGGACACAACUUUAAAAAUGGUUGUCAUUAGUACAAUAAUAAUUGUUGGUUUUUAAAAAAAAAAUCUUUGAGAAUCCGUUAACAAACCUGCCCAGUAAUUACGUGUCAAUGCAACUUAUCAUGGGUUUUAUCACCUACUUGUAAAAGUAUUUAAAAGACUGACCUCCCUAGCUUUUUUUAGAGAUCAUGGAGGAUAUAAGAAGUCAUUUUAAAAAUCAAUAAUUAUAUAUUAACACGAUAAGGGUUGAAGCUCUCCAAGCCAGUUUUACAGGCUAUUGAGUCGACACUCACACAUUCACAUGGAGAGGAUUGUUUCCCUCAUUUCUGGCCUUUUUUUUUCCUUCCUUAAUAGUGUUUUGAUGAAGUGCCAUAUUUAUUGACUAAUUUAUAACCACAGUUCAGUUCCUAAAAUAGAAGGGGCUAUUCCCACUGGGAAGCAUCCACGCAGGCUUUGCAUGGAAAGCCAGCUGCCCUCGGGGAUCAGGAAAGUACAAAAGUAGCAGAGUUUUGGCCCGGGGCAGCCUCGGGGUGGGAGCUACGGAGGGGAGAUGGGCUUUCCUCAGCGCUGCUAAUUGCUAAUGGCCUGGCCCUGCCAGCAAGGCGUUGCUCUUUUGGUCUUGCUGUGAAUAUUGUCUUGCAAUCAAACCUGCUAGGGAAGCACAAGGGAAUGAGAGAUGGCAACCUCAUUUUUUUGGCAGAGAUUUCCUCCCAGCGAAGAAAUGACCCUGUUCAGCACCCAAGGCCAGGCAAGGCUGAGCCCACCAUCCCCAUCCCCAUCCCCAUUCCCAUCCCCGUCCCUGGUCCCAUCCCCACUCCACUUGCCAUCAUAGCUCUGGGGCUGGAGAGAGCGCCCUGGCUAAGUGGAGGUGGGGCUCUGUCACAUGGGGCUUUUGUCUUCCCAAACAGAUAUACGAUGCAAUUUAUAUUUAAAAUUCUCUCUAUAAAGACAGUAUUGAUCACAGAUUCCAGAUCAAUAUGUUGCAAUUACAGCAGGCUUUAAAGGCCAUCUGUCCCCGAGCAGGAGCGCUGGUAUAACCAGGUGGUUAUAUAUUUUGAAAAAGUGCUACUGGUAUGUGCCCGUCUUCUUACCGUACACCCUGACAUAUUAUUUUUGCUCCUGGGAAGUUGUCUUUAGGAGCUACAUAGAGUUGUAAUUCCCAGUCACUGGCCACCCAAGAGGACAACUCGGACCAGCUUCUUCUUGGGUUGCAAAGUCACACCAGGGUCGGGGACGCCGUGGUGUUGCUGGCUGGGUUUUCCUGCUCCCCCUCACAAUUCAUCCCACAGGUUACAGCUUUUCUUUUUGUCCUCGGUUGAAAACGAUCAGCAAGAAGUUGUCGAACUUCACUAAAACGAAGAACUUUUCAGGAAUGGUGCUGCAGAGUUUGAGCUGGGCAUUGGUAGUUGCAAACGUCCUUUUUUUAUAUGUGACAGGUUGGACCCCAGCGAAUGUAACAUUUUGAAACUUGUAACUAAGGAAUAAAUGGCAUGCAUCUAAAGAGAGAUUUCAACGCUUGUUUCGUCAAACUGAGGUCCUAAUUUGUCAUCGCCUGAAGUUGAGAUAAGUCUUUCUGUCGAUGCCCCUGGAUGAGGUAACUAGGCAGUUAUUCCCGAAAGAAAUGCUUCCUGGAUUUUCUUUUUUCUUCUUUUCUUAAUUAUUUCCUGCAGUGGUUGACUUCACACAAGCACACGGAAUUUAGGAUUUUUUUAUUCUCCAAUUGUCUUUUGAAGGAAAGUGAAAGAAUAAAAAAAUAAAAAUAAUGGCUUUACAGUGACAACAGAAGCUGAUAUAGCUUUGCAAAUGAGCACAUGCCAAGCGUAAAAGCCCGGGGAGGGGGUGUGCGUCCUGCACAUGCUGUGCCGCAUCCCACCAGCACAUUUCUAAUCUUCCCUGCAACCGCCUCCCUCUGAUUUCAGUUCAGCCUUCAGCUUUACACCAACAUCUAAAAAACAGAAGCCAGAUUCUGAAUGCAUUUAUCCCAGUGUAAAUCCAGAGCUACUCCUUCGAAUUUACCCUCUGUCUACACAGCUCCAAACACUGCCCACAAGGUCCGAACCCUGGAUUCCUAACGUGUUUAGAUGGUUUUGAAAACAGCUUCAACAAACAGUUGAAGCUCCGUGCAGAUUAAAUCUAAGGCACGGUCUGCACUUCAGAAGGUUUAUAGUUAUGUCAGGGAAGUGAUUGCAAAACUUUGUUAUUGAUGUGACUAUGCUGGUAAAAGUCCUAAUGUAAAAACAGUUGUAUCACUAUAAAGCACUUUAUACUGGUACAGCUUAUUUUGCUUUGCUGGACCACUUUUAUACCAGUGCAGGCACUUUUAUCCCAGUAUACUUCAAUCUACACUGGUGGUCACUUUUUGGUUUAACUAUGCCAGCAAAAAUGCGAAGAGUAGAUAAAGUUUAAGAUGACACUGUUGUUUCUUGCACCGAAGUGUCUGUACAAUAUUUUCUUUGAGAGUCUUUUUAAAAGUGAAAUAGCUGUACCUCUGGACUUAACUGCAGGGUAAUAAACUUCCAGUUCAUCAUCACUCUCAGCUCAUGAAAUGUCUUCAGGCCUUUGUAAAAAGCCCUGUUUGAGACAACAGAUUAAAUACUAAUCCUGGCAGAUCGUACAUCUCCACUUGAGUUCAUACCAUCUAGCUGAGCAAACUCCUUUUUUUUUCCUUUUUUUCAUCUAAGUAAAGGCAACAAAUUCUUUCAUUAGACUUCCUAGAUGAGAGAACAGGAGAAAGAGAUCAAUAUUUUAAAAAUAAAAUGAAAAUAGCAUCAAGCAAAAAUGCAGCUACAUUAAAUGCAAGGAAUGCUUUCCCUUGAAAGCCACAUCCCCACGUGGGCAUCAGCCCCGGGUGAGGGAUGUAUUUACAGUACUUAAACAUCCAUGCAAUUGUCUCAAAUAUGGAAGAUUUAUGUGGGCAAUGUUUUCACUUACUAACUGGUCCAUGUGACAUUAAAAAAAUAUGUAUCUGUAUAUAUUUUGGUAGAUAUGUGGCUAGGUGCAGAUAUCUACCCCCUAUAUACGUUCCUGCGUACACUGGCACACUGUACGUGUGCGUGUAUGUGUAUCUAUUUAUAAACAGGCAACAAUUCUGUGGCUGAAGUAACAGCUGGGCACUGUUGGCACCAAGCGAAGCAGCAGAUAUCUUCAGGAUGUACAAUGCAGUAUUUUGGCUUUAUAACGCAGCAAAUGCUGGAAUGUGCAAUACAGGUUGCAAAAGCUGACAAGCUAAACAGUUCUUAUUUGGCUCAGGGUACUUCACUGUCAUAUGUCUCCGGUACAUUAUGCCCUUUUGUCUAGUGCUCAGGCACCACUUAUUAAUCCUUUGUUUUUUGGGGUUUUGGGGUUUUUUCUGUACAUUUGUUUUGGGUUUUAUUAUUGUGAAUAUGUCAGCACGAAUCAUGAGAGAUCCACCCCCAUGUUAAAUAAAGGAGCAUAGUUGGCCAUAAUAGUAAAUCUGACGGUUUCGCUCUGCCCCAGCGCUUGUGGUAUGUAGUAAGUUUGUUAUUGGCAGCAUCUUCAGGUUACAUCUGUGACCCGUGGUGUUAGUUCUAGAAUUUUGUUUAAAAAAUAAAUUAAAAAAAAAAAAGAAUCAAAAGCUCAUUUCUCUUUAAAAAAAAUUGUAUAUACUACAAAUUGCAAAAAGGAAAGAUUAAACACAUUUUUUAUAUUAACAACGCAAAUGGGACUCCUUUCCGAGAGGACUCACGGUGACUUUAUCUGUAGAAUGUUUCAGUGCUUAUGCACUAAUUUUGUAACAAGUGCAUGCUGUAUAGAAUAUAUUGCCUGUAUACUUAGAGUGGAGGGGGGGCCAAGCUGCUUUUCAUUGUGCACUGCAGCUUGUUUGGAUGAAAAGUUGCGCCUUUGAUGCAUUUUUAUACUGUACAUAUUUGUAUAUAUUAACUAUAUUGCCAUGUUAUGAACACAGAUUUUGUUAUAUUUGCUUGUUUCGGUUUCCUACAAAAAACUGGUCCAUAACGGGGGAUAUUUUUUUUUUUGUAUAGAAAAUAUGCUUGUAAUUUUUGUUUGUUUGUUUUCUUGGUCAUCAUCUUUUAAUGGCUCAUAAAGGAAUUAGAGACGAGUUUUUGGCGGAACUCUGAGAAGCAAGUCUGUGUUUGCAUGAGACCUGCCCAAUCUCUGGCUAUAAAGGGGGGCGGGGGGAAGAGGGGGAAUCUAAGUCAAGUUUUGCUUUUAAAGCAUGCUUAGUCCCAUGGGAAAACUCAUACAUGUACAAUUAUUCUCUUUGUAUUUUAUCUAAUAGUGCCUGAAUUUUUUUUUUAAUGUCUUCUUGGAGGAACAAUUCAUAAUUGUCAAAAUUUGAAACAUUAGCUUAAUUUUGUUUUCAUGACCUCUCAUUUCUCCUCCUUAUUUAUUUUGUUGCUGUUUAUAAUGGGCCCCAAGGCCAUUUCUGACAUUGCAGUGUUCUUCUUCCACAUUAAGGAUGUUUUUAAAAUUACUAAGAUUAUUGAGCCAACAGGCUGUUUUAAUCAAAACCAUGUUUCACUUGGUUUUGAUGAUUAUGAAUGGUCCUUACAGUGGAAGAGCCCUUUCUGCUGGGGGGACCAUACCACCUAGCGGCCCCCAGGCUCAGCACAGCCAGCCGCCUGCCCAACAGUUACUGCCUUUCUCAAAGCCUAGCUGGCAAUUUUGCUUCAAAUUAUUUGCUUGUUAUAACUAACUUAAACUAAACAAAUUGAUAAUGUUAAUGGCAUAUUUUUUUUUCCUUUGGCUGAUUGCUAAAUAAAUUCGUAUAAUUUAUACUAGAGGAGAUUACUGCUUUUAUUGUUUUGGGUUCCCCCAAACCAAUUAUUAACAAUCAGGACUAUGUAUCUCAUUAAAUUUAAAUCAGGUCAAACCUAUUUAUCUAAGGCCUUUUCUGAUUUACAAGAAGAUGACUGUAUUCCAGUGCAUUUAAGAUGUAUUUCUGUGUAUGAUUUUGCAGCAUUGAAUUCUAUUAAUGGUGAUUUUUUUUGUUCUGUAUUUUUACCAUGGUAAACCCAUUGUAAAAAAAAAAAAUUCUCUCAACUUUGCCACAGAAAACAUUACUUUUUAUGCCCAGGGAUUUUUUUUUUUAAUAAAAUCACUGCAGUUUUAGAACUGUAAUUAAAGCCCUGAAUAAUAGAUCACACAUCUUUAUCUGUUGUGUUUAAAAGAAAAAAAAAUAGCCCAAACUGUUCACAUAAUCCUGAAUGCCUCAUUUCCAUAAAAAAGGUUUCUAUACAUAUAUUAUUUACAUUUUUAAACAUGGUAAUUCUUUCCUUUGUGGCAUAAAAUGUCUCUUUUCCACUGCAGCUAUUGGAAAGCGACUGCUCACAUCUGAAAUGUUAUCGUAAUUUGCAUCAGGAAACCCAACUGCAGACAUUAAGGACUUGGGUGUGUUCAAUUAUGAUUUUGCUGGAGGCUGUCCCUCAUUUUAAUGCUGCACUCAUUGAACUACCUUUCUGAAAUCUAGCUGAUAUGGUUCACCAUAGACAUGCUUCACAACAUCAUUAGCUUUGCAAAUGGCUUCAUUUCAGUCAAUGCAGACUUCAGUUUUGGCCAAUUGUAAAAUGGAAAUUUGAAAAGGAAAAAAAAAAAAAAAACAGAUGCACUUAAAACAUGAAAAGAAUUAUUUAUAUGAUAAAAAUAUAUUUAGAUUUUCAAAGCACAAGACUGAACAGAAGUGCUCUUUUUAUGCUUUCUGAAGAUGUUACUGUUAAAAGUCUUUCUACAUCAGGCUUAAUAAAUCUGUAAUGACAUUUGAUGGA